GAUAAUAAUUAAAAGUAUAAUCAUAUAAUUUAUUGACAUAAUGCUACAAUCUAUUUUUGACUUUGGUUAAACAAGAUCUACGUUUUGGCAGAAAUGUGACAAAGGCUUGCUUGAUGUAUGUCUUUAUAUCUAAAAUAAGGAAUAAAAUGAAUUGUUAGAACAUGAAUUCUUAGUAGGUUCAAAGGAGAGGUUGAUUAAGAAAAAGUUUCUUGUAAUGAGUUAAAAUGCAAUAUUUCGAGUUUCUGUUUAAGAUCUAAAGUAAGCACCAUUAAUGACAAUGCAUGUAUAAUUUAUUGAAACAUCAGCUGAUAACUUCGUAUAAUUAAACUCUGAUGAAUAAUUAUUUGGUUUUCACCUUUCUUACUAAGGAAAGAGUUUAGAAAUAUUUACUCCAGAUAAAUAGAAUUAUGAUAUUUGGAAGUCUCAUUUUAGAAGAUUUGCUAUUUUAAAGAACUUUCAUGAAGCUUUUUCAGUAUCUAAAAUGAUUGGGAAAGGUAGCUUUGCUAAAGUUUAUUCUGCAAUAAAAAAGGAAAAUAAUAUCUAAUAUGCUAUAAAGGCAUUUAGUAAGAUUUUUAUGUCACAGUAAUCUAAAGGUAUUGAAAGUCUGCUUAAUGAAAUAAAAUUAAUGAGGAAACUAAAUCAUCCAAAUAUUGUAAAAUUGUAUGAAGUUCAUGAAACUACAAAUUCAAUAUAUUUUGUAUUAGAUAUGAUUUAGGGAGGAGAAUUGUUGUAAAGAGUUAGAGAAACAGGUAAAAUUAUAAUUAAUAUUCUUUAGGUUUUUUACCAGCAGAAACAAUGCAAAAAUUAGCUUUUAAUUUAAUAAGUGCAUUAAGUCAUAUGCAUGAAAAUAGAAUAAUUCAUAGAGAUCUUAAACCAGAGAAUCUAUUAUUGAGAUCAACUGAAAACAAUUAUGAAAUUAUUCUAGCAGAUUUUGGAUUGGCUACUAAUUUAGAUGAAGAACCAUUAUUUAAAAGAUGUGGUACUCCUGGAUUUGUUGCUCCAGAAAUUCUUGAAUAUAUUGAUGGUUCAGAAUUCUAUUCAGAUAAAUGUGAUGUUUUUAGUGCUGGUAUUAUAUUCUACUUGCUAAUUGUAAUUAUUAAUAUUUUUAUAUAAGACUGGAAAUACACCUUUUGUUGGUAAUGAUCAAAAAUCUAUACUCAAAAAUAACAAAUAAUGUGAAAUUGAUUUUAAAGAACAUCACUUUAAAUUGGCACCUAUUUAAAUGUAAGACCUUAUUCAAUCUAUGCUUUAAAAGAAGGUUUCUUAUAGAUUGAGUUCAUAAGAAGUACAUUAAAAAUUAUAUCAUUAGUGCAUGAGACAUCCUUACUUUAAAUAAUUAGUCAAGGAAUACUAAGUAUAAAUUGAUAAGUACUAAAAUAAUUUAUUGGGAUAUUCAGAACUUAAAAAUGCCAUUAAAAUUGGAACUUAAGAAUUAGAAUAAAGAUCUCCUUUAAAUUUCAAUUCUUCUGAGUCAAUCUCUUCAAAUAUUUCUUAGAAUAGGUAGGAUCAGAGGAAAUCUUCAAUUAUUGUAGGUGCUUCUAAAUUUAGUUAAUAUAGUGCAAAAUUAUCAAAAUAAAAUUCAAGAGAGAUAGCUGGUAAUAUAUUAUAAUUAUUAAAUAAUAGAUAUACCAUUAAAAUAAGAACCAAGAAAACCAAGAGACUUACAUAGAUUGGCUUUAACUAAUAGUUAAUUGAAAUAAAUUGCCAAUAAUUAAUUCGAAAAUGUUGAAGAUCCAACUGCUGAGGAUUGUAAUGUAGGUAUCAUGGUAAGAUAAUACAAUUCAACAAGACAAAUUAGAAUACCAGAUAAUACUUUAAAAAUUAAAGAAUGUAAUACUCCUACAAUGUAAAAAUAAUUAUGA